GCUUACGUUAUCUAACAGAUGAUGACAACCUUAGUGAGAAGACUGAGGACGACAGAAAGAACUGGAUUGCACACCUCUCACUGCUUUGCUGAAUGCACACCUAGACUGGAAUAUGUGCUUCUGGAGCCAGGCGAACUUCAGAGGCACAUGAACAUCUGGGUUCAGCUGCUCUUCAGCUCAUAGACUUAUCUGCUCAACACUACCCUUUUCUCUUAAUCUGCUCCUGUGAAUCUAAGGCUCUACAUGAUGAGCGACGGCAAAGAGAAACCCCAGGGCAGCAAAAAAGGGCCCAACGUCAAGCUGAAGCUUGACAGCAAGGGCAGCUUCAACCUGGGAACUUCAGAGCAACGACAGAAACAGAAGCCUCUUAGGAGAAGCCGCAGCAAUGAUGCGGAAAACCGGUGUCGAGAAAGUAGCCGAGGUAGAGAACGGGGCCAGAAAGAGGGAGGAAGGCAACAACGGGGUCGCAGCGAGGAGGGAAGGAGGCGAGACCGCGACCCUGAGCCUGGACGCCACAAGACCGAGCAACCCAGAGAUGACCUGCAGGACACAGAGUGCAUUGUGUGCUUCUGCAGCUUCGACAACGUCUUCAAAGCUCCAAAGUUACUCUCCUGCAGACACACGUUCUGCUUGGAAUGCCUGGCGCGCAUCAACGUGAAUUCUCCAGAGAUCAAGACGUUGUCUUGUCCGAUCUGUCGGGAGCUGACAGAAAUCCGACACGGCCGAGAUCUACCACAGUUAGGAAAUAACAAAGACAUCUUCCGCAAACUUCCGGCUGAGAUGCAACGGGUGCUUUCUGUGCGAUUUAAACGCAGCAAGGGCAAACUCAUUCUCAAGAAUCCUCCACCAAACAGCUCCAUUAAGACCUCCUUAAAUUUGCCGGUGUUGAAGAAGAAAGAGGAGCAGGCCGGCGGUAACCCGCUUGGAGUCAUGGAGGAAGGUCUUGGCCAGGCGACUAUGAUCGAUGUGGGAAGGCCGCCAAGCAGGAUGAGGGGUCGCAUGAGAAGGAUAAUGAAUUCCAAUCAGUGCUAUUAUGCCGUUGUUGCAGCCAUCAUCACAAUCACUGUGGCUUUAAUGCUGGUAGGCAUCUUCACCUUUGUGGCUAUGCCCUAUAUGCAUAAACCAAUUAGACCAUUCCAGAACCAAACUUCUCCAGAUACAUCGCCUUGAGAGAUGAGGAAACUGACAGAGCUCAGGAAGGAUGACGGGCAAAGCAAAACAAGCAAUUCUUGGUGGAGCCUGUUGCAUUGAACCCAACACAGCAUUUUUUUGCUUUUGUGCAAGAUGCUUCAGACAGACUCGAUAGGAAUGAACUGGAAAAACUUGAACAUAUGAUGCACUGAAGUCUAUUGAGC